ACCCGUAGUCUCAUACUCUCAUGUGCUUUUAAUCUACAGCACUGCGUAUAUAGAUAUGCUUGGAUAGUUCAAGACUUCCCUUUCUUCUUCGUGAUCUACACCCUUCAGAUAGAGACAGAUUGAUAGAGAGAAGAAGAAGAUCAAGAUCGAAGAAGAAGAUUAGAAGAAGAGAUCAAGAUCGACGAGGAGAGUCAUAUAUAGAUGACACAGUCGACCAUGCUGAACCAGCGGGGCUUGUUUGAUCAGAAUCAAGAUCAGGCUCCUAUACAGAUGGGUUUCUUUUCCUACCCACCAAAUAACUUGACCUUUUCAUCGUUGGGAUGUCAACAAUCUGUCAAAGCCUUGAGUUCCUUACCUUCUUCACUUGGUUCUGAUGAUCACCAUGCAUCUUCAACCAAUCUUUCUGAAACCCUAAUCCCAUCUCUCAAUACUCCUCAAAAGCAUAGAGAAACUCAUAUCACUUCUGAUUUUGGAGGAUCCCAACUCCUUUCUUUGCAAAGAUCAAGUGCAAAUCUCUGGGCAUGGGGAGAUCAGGUGAGUGAAUGCCUGAGCAGCAAGAGAUCAUCAAGCGAUAUUCAUGAUCAUCAUCAUGUAGGAUUAGGGGUUUCAGAGAUGAAGAUGAAGAAGAUAAAGGCUAUUCGGAGGAAAGUGAGGGAACCCAGGUUUUGCUUCAAGACAAUGAGCGAAGUUGAUGUGCUUGAUGAUGGAUACAAGUGGAGGAAGUACGGACAGAAAGUGGUAAAGAACACACAGCAUCCCAGGAGCUAUUAUCGUUGCACAAUGGACAACUGCCGAGUAAAGAAACGCGUAGAGAGAUUAGCUGAGGACCCGAGAAUGGUGAUUACAACGUAUGAAGGGAGACACGCACAUUCUCCAUCUCAUGAUCUUGAAGAUUCCGAAUCCCCAUCUCGCCUAAAUAAUUUCUUCUGGUAGACACAUGUUAACGUGUAUGUAAAAUAUUAUAUGUCAGUUAAGCUAAUGAAUUUGUGAAACGUGAUCAAUGUCGAACAUUCGUUCUGGUGCCCUUUGGUUUUGUGUAAAUUGACAGUAUUGGAAACGAGGAUAAUAAGGAUCGAUGGAUGUGCUGCUCCAAUGCCCGUUUUUGUUGGGCCUCCUAUCUUCGACUGUAUGCCCUCCUGAUGAAUAAAAGAUAUUGUAAUAUUACUCAGGUUACUGGUUGGACUACUGGUGCUUCAACACUUUUUUCACACAUGGAUUGACAAGACCAGCCAACAGGAGAAAUUUUAUUUGCAAAAUCGUAAAUGGGGUAUUAAGGGAAUCGCCCUCACCAAGUUUGUUAUAAUCUGAAACUUUUUAGGUAGUAUUAGAAGAUUCUGUAAGGAUUCUAUAAUAUUAAUGUUGUCAUGUUCUGGAUU